AUGGCUUCGCUCGGUUUCAACAUCGGCUUCUCCGUCCCCGGUGUACAAAUUCAGCAGCAUCGAAAAGUUUACGGAAGUGGAAGGGCUCGCGUUUUCUCCUGUAGCUCUUCUCUUUCUGCCGCGACGCCUCCUGAGAUAGAGCUCGAGUUCUUCGGUCCGAAGCCUGGGAGCGACGGGUCGUAUCCGGCGGAUAAAGCCAAGGCUAUGAGCGGCGAGAAGCUUCUGAGAAACAUUAUGAAGGAGAACAAAAUCGAACUGUACGCUACUUAUGGUAAAGUGAUGAACUGUGGAGGUGGAGGAAGCUGUGGAACUUGCAUCGUGGAGAUACUAGACGGCAGAGAUCUUCUGAACGAGAGAACAGAUGCAGAAAACAAGUAUCUGAAAAAGAAGCCGGAAUCUUGGAGACUCGCAUGUCAAACAAUAGUAGGGAACAAAGAAAACUCUGGAAAGGUUGUCGUUCAGCGGAUCCCGCAGUGGAAAAAGUGA